AACGAGAACAGUCGUGUUUGGUACAGCAAAAAGGAAAGUUCGCAAACAAAAUUGAGCUCACAGCAUUCAACCUAUUUUUUUUAUUGGUUAGUGAAAUACAAUAGUGACUCAUUGUCUAGACGAGCAGAGCAAAUCUGAGUUAUCUGGAUUGUCUGAGAUAAAUAAAAACCGUAACGAAACCACAAAAAGGAACAAAUUCGCAAUAAAUUAGUCACCGAUAAAACUCUUCGAAAAAUGUCGUGGUACUACACACCCAAGCCAACGGUGCUCCCGGCGGAAACCUUCAACCCGUCGGCGGACGCGGCCGCCCUGCGCAAAGCCAUGAAGGGCUUCGGCACGGACGAACAAGCCAUCAUCGACAUCCUGUGCGCGCGGUCCAACUGGCAGCGGCAGGUCAUCUCGGAGACGUUCACCCGCGAACUGGGCCGCGACCUGCUCAAGGAUCUCAAGUCGGAGUUGGGCGGAAAGUUUGAGGACGUGAUUUUGGGGCUGAUGCUGCCACCGGUCAACUAUUUGUGCAAACAGCUGCACAAGGCCAUGGACGGAAUCGGUACGAACGAGCGGGCCCUGAUUGAGAUACUGUGCUCGCAGAAUAACGAGCAGAUGCACCACAUUUCGCGGGUUUACGAAGAGAUGUACAACCGACCGUUGGCGGAGCACGUGUGCACCGAAACGUCCGGCGACUUCCGUCGGUUGCUCACGCUAAUCAUCACGGGGACACGCGAAGCACCCGGUACGCUGAACCCGGACCUGGCCAUCACUCAGGCCAAACAGUUGUACGACGCCGGCGAAGGCAAGUGGGGCACGGACGAGGCCGUGUUCAACAAGAUCCUGGCCCACUGCAGCUUCGACCAGCUGGAGUACGUGUUCGAGGAGUACAAGAAGCUCACGGGACGCACCAUCGAGCAGGCACUGAAGGCCGAGAUCAGCGGAGAUCUGUACGAGGCGUACAGUGCGAUCGUCGAGUGCGUCCAGAUGGCACCGCACUUUUUCGCCAAACGGCUGUUCGAAGCGAUGGACGGUCUGGGGACGGACGACACCACCCUGAUUCGGAUCAUCGUGUCACGCUCGGAGAUUGACCUGCAGAACAUCAAGGACGAGUACGAGCAGAUGUACAACAAGACGCUGACGAGCGCCGUAAAGAGCGAAACUUCGGGCGACUACAAGAAGGCACUUUGUGCGUUGAUUGGCGCUGCCUGAGUUACACACUCCUCCGGCGACGAUGGAAUCUCUACAACCUCAGAAACCACUUACAAAGAUGAACGCACAUCUUUUAUAAAUGCUACAUGUUUUACAAACGUAAGGAAGUAUUGUUAAUGUUAUGACCGUAAGCAGCAGGAAUAAGUGCCAAGGACAAGCAAAGUUCUUUUUUUUUAAUGUUUAGCGAGCACUGUGAACUUUUAAAUCGUUACCAAAUUUCUAGUGUUUUUGAUAAUAGGCAAUUUAAAGCACUUACAAAUGCUUAAACGAAAUAGUUAUGUUCAACUCCAACGAACGCUUUGAAUGAAACUUUUAUGUACUGAGCAAAUUUCCACUAAAUAUAAUUAUCGUUGUAAUGUCGUAA